UCUUCUUCUUCUUCUUCUCUCCCCCAUAUUCUAAGCAUUACUUACUCUCCUGAGAUUUGCUCUUUUAAUUCGUUAUUAAAAUUUAGCUUAUUUUAGAAAGAGAUCGAUUACGUUUGUUGAAUCAAUGAAACUGUAUCAUUUUGUCUAGGUAUAGAUAAUUCUGUUUUACAAUGGCGGAAUCGUUUUCUCACUGUUUUAUUUUUAUUUUUGCUGUAUUAUCAUUUGUUUGUCUUCUUCUUCUUCUUAGUUUUGUUUGGUUUUCUCCGUUCAUGUUGCUUCUUAGAUGUUCUUACUAUGCGAAUGGGAUUGUAGCAUCGAUAACUUAAUUAUUUUGAUGAAUUUAUUGGUUGAGGGACCAUUUUGCUUUCAUUGGAAAACCUUAGCUGAGGGGACCGUGAUUGGGAUCGAAACCUAACUUGCUGUCUCAUUUUGUUAGCUCAAUCUUUAUUGCUAGAGAUAGAGGUUCCCUUCAUUUGCUUUGCUUAGCAUUUGGUGUCUUUUUCUUUGACAUUAUACUACUUUAUAUUCAAUGUGUAAGUUUCUAGACCACAAUAGUAAGCUUUUAAGCCUUUGGGUUUUUGAGUAGGUUAGUUAUGAACUUUCUGCAAGUACAUAGGAGGAAUGGGGUAGGGAACGGGUUUUUGCAGUAAUGAUGGCUAUUGUGUUUUAAUGACUUGUUAACGUCGUGUUUCUUCACAAGUUGUUUGAUAUUCUGAGCUAUCUGAUUGGAGGAGUGUGGGUCCUCUUGAAUAAAUGCCACUUAGUUUUUGUGUGAUGGAGAGCAUACGAGGGAGCUAAGAAAAGGCACACCCUUUCUUUUCCCCUUUUUGCUGGUCUGGGUGCAACAUAGAAAGGUUUCUCUUGCUGAGGUUUAUGAUUAACGGGUGAGUGAGUAUUACACGCUGAUGGGCACUGAGUGGUGCUUGCAAUUCUCUGGUUUCUUUUCUCUCUUACCUUAUUCUAGUUAAGGGUAUUUGUUUGGCUGGCUAGAGUUAUUUAUAGGAUUCCCUAGUCUUCUCUUAUGUGAUUUUGGAUUUCAUUUACUGCCCCUAGCUCUGCAAACUUUUCUUUAUUUCAGUUCUUGUUGCUCUGGCUUUUGGUGCUAGGUCUAUGAAAUCAACCCACAUCUUGAAUGGACUGCAACAUGGUAUCUUCGUCCCAGUGGGACUGGGAGAAUUUGAUCAUGUCCAAUCCCUCAAAGACUGAAAAUGAAAAAAAGCUGCAAUCUACGGAGUGGGAAUUCGAGAAAGGUGAAGGCAUUGAAUCUAUAAUUCCAGAUUUCUUAGGCUUUGAGAGAGUCAGUAGUGGCUCUGCCACUAGUUUCUGGCACACUGCUGUAUCAAAAAGCUCACAGUCGACAUCUAUCAACUCAUCAUCUCCCGAGGUCAAACAAUGCAAGCUUGCAUCACAAAGUUCCCCUGGAGAUUCUUGCAGCAUCAUAGAUUUUUCCCAGGUGAAGGCAUCCACUGCUCUCGAGGUAUCUGUUGCCUCAGCUGAAUCAGAUCUUUGUUUAAAACUAGGAAAGCGGACAUACUCUGAAGAAUUAUGGGGUAGAAACAAUAAUGACAUUUCAGCGGUUUCCAUGAAGUUGUUGACUCCAUCUGUUGUUGCUCGGAAGAAAUCCAAAUCGUGUGGUCAGAGCAUGCAAGUCCCCCGUUGCCAAAUUGAUGGUUGUGACCUGGAUCUCUCAACUGCUAAGGAUUAUCAUCGUAAGCAUAGAGUCUGCGAAAAGCAUUCAAAGUGCCCAAAAGUUACCGUGAGUGGCCUAGAACGUCGAUUCUGCCAGCAAUGUAGCAGGUUCCAUGCUGUUUCUGAGUUUGAUGAGAAGAAGCGAAGCUGCCGCAAACGUCUUUCUCAUCAUAAUGCAAGGCGUCGCAAGCCACAAGGCGUAUUUCCACUGAAUCCAGAAAGGGUGUACGAUCGAAGACAGCAUACAAGUAUGUUGUGGAACGGGUUGUCCCUUAACACGAGAUCUGAAGAAACGUAUGCAUGGGGUACUACUUAUGAGACAAAGCCUACACAGAUGGAAAGCGGCUUUACCCUGAGCUUCCAGAGAGGUAAUGGCCCUGAGGAGCAGCUGUUUGCUAGUAGCAGCCGCUCUUUCUCUGUCUUUCAAUCCUCAGGCGGGUUCUCAGCAGGGAAAUCCAACGUUCAACUUCCUGGCAAAGGUCUGGGAGAAUGCUCAGGAGGCCUCCAUGAAUCUCAGGAUUUCUACAGUGCUCUCUCUCUUCUGUCAACCUCUUCGGAGCCACGUGGGACCAAACACAAUCCCGUGGUCGAACCACAGCCAAUAUUUGGCACUUUCCCUACUCAUUUCAUAUGAAUGAGUGAGGAAUACGAAGUCACUCCAUUAUAAGUCAAGCUGCAUCCGAUGGAGUUUCUCUUCAAAUAAAAUAAAAGCGUGUAACGGUCAUUGCUCUAGCUAAACCAGUUACUCGGUUAGCUCAGCAUUCCUUGUACUUUUCCAAACUUAUCAAGUCAACUUCUUCCUGGAUCCGUUUUUAUGCCAGCUUCAUUACUCUGUAUAAGACUUGUCUACGACUAUUUUAAAACCAGUUCAGAGAUCAUUCAGGUUGUAAUAUUAUUUGACUUCUUUGCAUUGUGUAGACAGUGAUAAUUAUGCAAGACAACUUUCUGA